GCCCGCUGCUUCAUUUCCCGUGCGCGGCCAACGCGGCCCUCCCUUCUUUUUGCCGUCGCGCGCCGCUGAGCCCUCCUCGUUGGUCGCCGCGUCCUUGGCUGGCGUAAAAAUGGCCACAAACUUUCUAGUGCACGAGAAGAUCUGGUUUGACAAGUUCAAAUAUGAUGAUGCAGAAAGGAAAUUCUACGAGCAGAUGAACGGGCCCGUGGCCGGCUCCUCACGCCAGGAGAACGGCGCCAGCGUGAUCCUCCGUGACAUCGCGAGAGCCAGAGAAAAUAUCCAGAAGUCCCUGGCCGGACUCGAGGCUGUGUUGCUCGGUCUUCCUGAGGCGCUGGGUCUGGCUGCCCCUGGAGCUAGCUCAGGCCCUGGGGCCUCCAGCGGGCCCGGUGGAGACCCCAGUGAGCUGGUCAUCCGGAUUGCCAGCCUGGAAGUGGAGAACCAGAGCCUGCGAGGGGUGGUGCAGGAUCUGCAGCAGGCUGUCUCCAAGCUGGAGGCCCGGCUGAGUGCGCUAGAGAAGAGCUCGCCCGCCCACCGGGCCACAGCUCCGCAGACCCAGCACGUGUCUCCCAUGCGCCAAGUGGAGCCCCCCGCCAGGAAGGUGGCCACCGCCACGGAGGACGACGAGGACGACGACAUUGACCUGUUCGGCAGCGACGAGGAGGGGGACAAGGAGGCGGCCCGGCUGCGGGAGGAGAGGCUGCGGCAGUACGCCGAGAGGAAGGCCAAGAAGCCUGCCCCGGUGGCCAAGUCCUCCAUCCUCCUGGACGUCAAGCCUUGGGAUGACGAGACGGACAUGGCCCAGCUGGAGGCCUGCGUGCGCUCCGUCCAGCUGGACGGGCUGACCUGGGGGGGCUCCAAGCUGAUGCCCGUGGGCUACGGUAUCCACAAGCUGCAGAUCCAGUGUGUGGUGGAGGACGACAAGGUGGGCACGGACCUGCUGGAAGAGGAGAUCACCAAGUUCGAGGAGCACGUGCAGAGCGUUGACAUUGCUGCUUUCAACAAGAUCUGAGCCCUGGCACUGGCCUGAGCGUGUGAAGCCUUGCAGCCAAUAAAGACUGAGAUUCCA